GGCUGAAGCAAUCAAAGAGACACACUUCAGCCGCUUUGUAUAUCUGCAGGUGGAAUCGCAUCUCCUUCCCUCUCGGUGGGUUUGCUUUCUCUUCUUCUUCACUCAGCUCACCUGAGAACUUCAGCAGCGCCAUCUGCUGUAGCUGCUACUUCUCACGUGUGUGCGAAGUCGACGUUGCACGCGGCUCCUUGACGGUAGAGACUGCUUCUAUCCGCUUUCCGUAACUCCCGCUUCUCUCUUCCUUGGUCCGCCGGACGUCCAACUCAGUUGACCCUAUCCGUUGCCGCCAUCUCUCUCUCUCCCUCGCACCUUCAGCAUCUGCCCCCUCUCGUCUCCAUCCCCGAUAGUACGCGGAGCUGUUGCGCGAACCGCAUGUUAGGAAUGCAGGUCCUGCGUCCGCCACCUCUCCGUCGCGAAGUAGCGGAGCUGGCACGGACUGCACACGCCACUGAAGCAGAAGAAGGCGCGCCACCACCGCCCCGCCCUCCCGCCCUCCGCGACGUCCACUUGACAGAUUUGGCGAAGCAGGAGCAGGCGCGGCGAUGGGCCAUCGCGGGCGACUUCUAUCAACUUCUCCUCGACAUCACGGAGCUGCGCGAGGUACUGCACCGACGGGCGAUGUGCACGACGGAGGAGCCGCAGCAGCGCAGGCGCAUCGACAACGCCGAGGUGCCGCACUGGAUCAAGGCCCGCCGUCUGCAGGUCAUGCGCGAAAACCAGGAGUCUGCCACGGCGCAGAACGAAGAACAGGCGCAGCGUCUUGCGUACUUUGAGAAAAUCCAGCAGCAGCUUUAUCAGGUGUUCCUGCUUGAGGAGAGCGAGCGGGCCGAUCGGAUGGAGGUGGAGCGGCUGCAGCGUCUCAACGUGGGUGGGUUAGCCGAGGUGAUUGCGAAGGAGUACCGCCGUGUGCGGCCCUACCAGCUGCGGUACGAGGCGGCACGGCACCCCCUCGUUGCGUCGCUGUCGCACGAGAUCGCUGCAGAGGAGGGGCUGUACCGGUCGAUGCUCUGGCAAGAGCAGACACACGCGUUUAAGGGCAUCCAGGCUGCUGAAGUACGCAACUACCUCUCGCGGGUACGAUAG